UUGACAGGCGAGACUUGCCGGUGACUGAUCCCAUUUCGCAGCUCUUGCAAUAAAAGGGACUGGACAUCAUUUACAGGCAGCAUUCGCUCUGGUGUAAACCCAGAGCACAGUGCGCUCCCCCAUCUGAAGUUGCAUUUAUUAACUCACGUAUAGCGUUUACGCCAAGAUGUCCAUGGUUCGAAGAUCCAGCAUGGACAGAAUGUCCUCGAGUAUGACAUCCAGCAUGACUGGUAUGGGACUCGGCGGCAUAACCGGAUUGACAUCAGGAAUGAGUACUUUGAGCUGCAUGAGGGAGCAGCAGGUAACAAUUGGAGGAAUGCCAUCAAAUUACGUCCCAGGAUUGUCGGCUUAUUAUAAUAUUUCAAGCUUCUGUCAUCGUCCAGGGCAGCCACGCCGCUGGCCAAUGCAACGUGCUGGGCCAACUGCCCAACAUCGUCCUGGUCGCUCUCAUAGUACCGGCGCAUUACAUCGCAUGAAGUAUUCCUCGAGAAAUAGCCCUAAUACGCAGUAUACCCACAAUUUAAUCUGUAAAAUGGCCGACCAGAAUGAACGUCGUCGACGUCAAGAUACGUUGGAUGUGAUUCCCCAGAGUUAUUACUCCCAGCAACCACUGAAAGUAGAAUUGACUGAAUUUUACUCGCGUGACAAUUCCAAAGACCAUCAUACGGAACAAUAUGAUUUGGUUAAUGAUAAUAUUCUACCCAAUCCUGUUCUGCGAAGAGGUCAGAAUUUCUUCUUUGCAGUACGUUUUGAUAGGACGUACGAUAAACAACAGGAUAUGAUUCGAGUUGUGUUUUGUUUUGGUCCUAAGCCAAGUGUUACAAAGGGCACUCGAGUUGUGCUACCUGUCAACUGGAGUACACAGCAGGGAGUAUUCCAACAUUCCCGCGACAUGAUGGGCAUGGGAUUGGGAAUGUCUCGAAUGCAAGACACUAGCACUGGAAUGGCUACUAUGGGCACCAUAAGCACUAUGGGCAAUAUGAGUUCGAUGGGUCCAGUGAGUGGCAUUAGGGAAACAACUACGUACGGGGUUCGCCGUAGUUCAUUCAGCAAUGAACCAUUGCCGUUACAGCAUAGUCCUCUCAGUCCGCAUGGGCCUUUGGACCGGCCAAUAUUGGAUCGGUAUGGAACUACAACGCAGCAUUCUUCGUUUGGACGUUGUUAUGGGUCGCGACAUGGAUCACGUCAUGGGUCAAUGCAAAAUUUAGCAGCUUUGGCUCAUGAUAUGGAUAGGUGGGAUAUUAGUAUUCAGCGCCAAGAUGGGAACACUAUUACUUUCCAAGUCCACGUUCCCGCCACUGCACCUGUUGGCGCAUGGAAUUGCUGGAUACAGACCAACCGGUUUGGCCAGCGCGAUAAUCGCCACGACUACAAAUGUGAUGAAGAUGUAUAUAUCUUGUUCAAUCCCUGGUGUCGUGAGGAUUCCGUUUACAUGGACAAUGAAUCAUCCAGGAAGGAAUACGUUCUCAAUGAACAAGGAAAGAUUUGGUGUGGUACUUGGCGUCAACCAAAGGGCAGGAAAUGGAUUUAUGGACAAUUUGAUGAUGCGGUCCUCCCAGCAUGUAUGUAUUUGCUAGAGAGAAGUGGUUUAGAACAUUCGGAACGUGGUAAUCCAAUCCGUGUUUGCAGAGCUAUCUCCUCUAUGAUUAACUCAAAUCAUGAUGAUGACGGUCUAAUGGUUGGGCGUUAUGAUGGUGAAUACAAGGACGGAGUAGCACCUCAUGCCUGGACAGGAUCAGUGGCUAUCUUGGAGCGGUACCUUACAGAUGGUGGUCGACCAGUGGAAUAUGGGCAGUGCUGGGUAUUCUCGGGAUUGGUUGUAACAAUCUGUAGAGCUUUAGGUAUACCGUGCCGUUCGGUAACUAACUACGUGUCAGCCCACGACACAAAUCGUACUUUUACGGUAGACAAAUACUUCGAUCGUGAUGGCAAUGAAGUACCCAACGGGCCAGAUGAAGAUUGCUAUGACUCAUGUUGGAACUUCCACGUUUGGAAUGAUGUAUGGAUGCAACGACCUGAUUUGCCACAAGGAUACAGCGGCUGGCAGAUCAUUGAUUCUACGCCUCAAGAGGAGGCAGAGUCUGUAUAUCAUUGCGGGCCUGCCAGCGUCGAAGCUGUGCGCCGUGGGGAAGUCGGGUUCCAAUAUGACACCCCAUUCAUGUUCUGUCAGCUCAACGCAGAACUGUGCCACUUCCAAGAGGAAGAAAAUUCUGAGUGGGGCUUCAUCAGGAUGGCAUCAAAUCAGUACCAAGUGGGUCGCAAGAUUCUGACGAAGAAUCCCAAUCGCGAUGAUGACGAGGGUGAAAGUGAUAUGUUAGAGAUCACUCAUGAAUACAAGACUGUGGAUAGCUCAUCUCCUGAACGGCUCGCUGUUAUUGCCUCGUGUCGUGGUUACCAACGCUUGCAGCAGUACUACGAGUAUCCUGACCGUAAUUUUGAGGAUGUCUACUUUGACCUUAUGGAUAUCGAUAUCGUACCAUAUGGUCAACCCUUCGAUUGCACCAUGAACAUUCAGAAUAAAUCACACGAGGAUCGUACCAUUUGGUGCGUGCUGACUGCGUCCUCGUGUUAUUACACUGGAGCGAUUGCGUCCCGUCUCCGUCGAGCUCAAGGAGAAUUCAUUGUGCGCGCAGGACAGCGUGAAGUUCUCAAAUUGCACAUCACGCCUCAGGAAUACAUGGAUAAGUUGGUGGACCAUUCUAUGGUGAAGGUUCAUGCUAUGGCUUACGUGAAGCAAACGCGUCAAGCAUGGUCUGACGAGGAUGAUUUCCCACUUCACAAGCCAAGGAUGCAGGUUCAGGUUAGAAGCCAGCCUUGCAUUGGACAAGAAUGUUCUGUAACAUUCGGCUUCCAGAAUCCAUUGAACAUUCAUCUAACCGAUUGCUACUUCACCUUUGAGGGUGCAGGUAUACAGAGGCCGCGUCAGAUAAGGUUCCGGGACGUGAAACCGGGUGAGUUCGUGAACUAUCAGGAUAAGUUCGUACCUCGUCGGCACGGUGAGCGCCGCAUCGUGGUGACGUUCUCGUCGCGGCAGAUCGACGAGAUCUUCGGGUGUACGACAGUGAAUGUGCGCGGCUAGCUAGCCCCCGGGCCCCGAGUAACGUCUCCGCGCGACUCCCCGGGGCCUUCAUCGCCGCCUCCUCAAAUGGACCGUUCAUACACUUCACACGUUGCACAGGACCAACAUGUGUACGUCCAAGAGGAGGAAGUCGCCAUAUUGAAAACAAUUUGAACGACCAGUUUGCACAGAUAAUGUUGUUGACUUUACGUUGAGGAUAGUUUUUUUUGGCUCGUUGUAUUCAAUAUACGACUGUUGUGUUAGUUAGGUACUUCUAUAGUACUUUUUAUGACGACGACAUGGCUGUUUUAAAUGGACUCUAAUAAAUAAUUUAUUUUUUUAUCUAGUGUGGCACCAGCACAAUGCAAAUUAUGUUAAAACAAAAAAAUAUAUACUCACCGUGUGAUUUGUUUCCACUUUUAAUAUUGAUAUUGAUGUAUCCGUAAGUUAAGGAAACCGAUGCUUCGUGUGCCAUAUAAUUUGGUUUUAUCUUAAUAUAUCUAAAUAUUUUAUAUAAGAUCGUAGAAAUAAGAACUAUAUAUAAGCUUAUUUAAGAAUCUACGCGCUGCAUAUGA